AUGGCUGAUCCUGCCAGUAUGGGCGCGAGCGUCCAGGAUGACCAGCUGCAGCGUGACAUGAACGCCUUACAGGAGGGGAUUCGCCUUUUGUUCACCAACGACUUUCAAAAGGCGGAAGAGACCUUCCGAGAAGGAUCCCAACGUGAACGACCUCGGAUACGACCGGCAAAUGACAGCACGCGGGAUACGCGUGGGGUCUUCGCCCUGAUUUACACGAUGGUGAGCUUCAUGUUUGGUUUGUUAUCCUUUGCCAACGACCAGUUGGAUGAGUGUUUGACCCGAGUUUGGACGGCAGAAAGUCUGUUGCUGGAGGACGCGCCCUGGGUGGGACAGAAGAUGCUCCUGGGGAUGGUCUACCUCAUCGCAGGAGUGGUGCAAGCGGCCAAGAAUGCGUGGCUGAAGUCGGGGGUGAACUUGGUGCGCUCGCUGCGCUACAUCAAGGACUUCGAAGAAGGCCUCCAUUUCAGUGGCCGUGAAGCGCACUUCGUCCGCAGCUUCGCGGGCUUCGUCAUGGGCCUUUUUAACUUAGUCUUGUCCAUGCUGCCUCCGCAGAUGCUCCGCGUCGCGUCCCGUGCGGGCGGACGCACCCUGCAGGGCAGCCGCACCGAUGCACUGGAGCUGCUGCAUCAGUGCUAUGUUCAGGAUGGCAUCAUGGCGCCGUUUGCUGUUUUAGUGCUUUUGUGUUACAACAUUUGGAUAAAAACCUAUCUCGGGGAAGCGAUCACCGAUGAAGACUUCGCGGCAUCCAAAGGCUUUCUCCAGUGGGCUUCGGAGCGGUACCCGAGCAGUGCGGUCUUCGAGUUCUGGCAGGCGGAGCUCCAUGUGAUCCGCACCGAGGUGCGCGAAGCUUCCGAGUGUGUAGAGCGAGUGCAUUCCGUGCUGGCGCAUUUGAAGCUCCCAGCGAUUGACUCCUUCCUGGAGCAAAAGAAAGCCAUGUUCUCCUUGGCCCUGCUGGAGUGGCCCGAGGCCGCCAGUGGCUUUGAGGAAUCCUUGGCGGUCUCUGUAGCGCGCCAACGGCGCUCCUACGUUCCGACCUUGUCCUACCUGGCUGGCCUGUGCCGAGUGGUCAGUGGACAGGCUGCCGAGGCACGACCCAACUUCGAGCGUGUGCAGCAAUACUCGAAGAUGCGGAAAAGAAAUUGGCCACCCGAAGAUGACCUGGCCUUUGCCAAGGUGAAGGAGUUUGGGCCCAGUUCGUGUACCACGCCGCGCCGGGCAUUGUUGGAAUUGGUGGAGAUAUCCAUGCUCAAGAUCCAUGUGCUCCACACCAUGCCUGGUGAAGAGAAGAGGCGACUGAAAGAGAAGCUUUUGGAAGAGCACGAGGGUGAAGCAGCUGAGGAAGCCGCCCGUGGCCUCUUGUUUGCUGCGGAGAUCUCUCGUUUGCAGGGCGCCUUCGAGGUACAGUCAAACGGUCGCUGCUUCUCCCCUGGCCGUCACGCCAUGGGAAGUCCCGACUCCGAGUCUGAGAAGUCCUGGAAAUCCGAGGAUGCCGACCCCAGAGGAAUGGGCACCGUGCUUCCCUCAUGUGCACAGAAGAAGCUGAAUGGCCACAGCCGCUUGGAGCCGGUGAGAAAUGCCUACAAUGGACGUGACCCCUAUUUGCCUCCAGAUGGGGGGGGGAAAGCAGAGGGCAAAGGAGCCCAGUCGCGAAGGCAUCCCUGGCAAGAAGGCUGGGAGGCCUCCACGAGCGACUUCUGCCAGAUGCGAGCCCCGAUUGAGCCUCCAGAGCGCGAUCGCUGGGCGAGAAGUGCUCCCAACGGCUUCCUGCCCGCCCCGCUUGUGCCUGCACCGCCGGAACCCACGGCCGUGCCCAAGGCAGCUCCACCCAUGCCACCACCGGAGGAGGAUCACCCCGAUGAAGAUCUCCGCCCCGAGCACCGCCGCAUCUUCCAGCCAUUGCUGCCGUCCAAAUCCGCGCCCGCUCCCGUCGAGGCGGCGCGCCGGCCGUCGCGCUUCACCCACGCCGGCUCCACCGCUGGAGAGGGCGCGUCGGGCUCCGCGGGCGCGCGAGAGACAGAGUGGUCAGCGACAGAAGAUCCGCUGGGAUACUUGGAUUACAAGUCGCGGAUGAGACAGAUCAACGACGGCUCAUUUCCCAUUGACGCUGUGGAGGUGGCGUUGGUGGCCCCAAUGGCUUCCACUCCUGGGUUCCUCCCUUGCGCUGUGGAGGACAUUUUGCUCCUUCUUUUCGUAUCGAAUGACAAUGCCUUGGUCCAACGCUUGGACUCAAACGCCAAGCGAGGCUGGCUGCCCUUGAGGAACCUCAGGCCCCUGGGUCCCUAUGACUUCUUGGUGAAAGCCUUUGUGGACACUGGGCGGCCAAAGCUGCAGAAGUCUUCAGAGCGACCCCCAUCCGACAUCCUACCUCUUCCACAGAUGGAAGGUUCCUGCGACGAUUUCAAGGUCUUACAAUGUGAGGAUGGUUUGCAGGACCAUUUCACUUUUCGAGAGGGCCGCAACGUGGGCUUGGUGGCCGAGCCCAUCACCCUGGGGCCUACGACCUCGGCGCUCAUGGUGCUCGCGGAGAAUUCCACGUUGGGGAAAUGGAACAGCUUCUGUCGAAAGUAUUUUGCCAGGGACCAGCUGCUCCCAGGUGAUUUGAUCAUCGAAGCCAAUCGCAACCAGGGAUCGGAGUUGAUGCAGCACACCUUGCGACAUGACGUGCACAUGUUGGAGUUGCAUGUGGUGAGAUGUGCGUUGCAUUUGGACCCCCGGCAAUCCUUGGCAGAUCAACUGGCACAGCUGGGAUUGGACCAGGGCGAUGGUGCCACCGCCCAGAGCAUGGACAUGGGGGACACCGGUGGAGCCUACGCAGAGGAGGCGCGCCGCUUCGGUGCCCAGGCGCAGCAGCUUUUACCCAAGCUGGGCCCACGAGGGCAGAGCAACGGCACAGCUGCCGCGCUGCACCUGACGUUGGCCCUGCUGGGUGUCGACGGGCACUUGACAGCCUUGGACAAAUGCCCUCGCUGCUGCCGGGCCUACGAUGAAGCGAUUAAAUUCAAAAGGCCAGACUCCUUUUUACCCGGACAGGGUGAUAGAUGGCCGUGGGAAGAGUGA